GGACGUCCCCAAACCAUCUCAGCAGGGUACGACCAUGUCUGAACCUGUGAGUGUUGUGAUCAUUGGCGGUGGGCAGCGGGGCAAGGCUUACGGCAGGUACGCCAUCGCAUAUCCACAUCUAUGCAAGAUAGCUGCCAUUGCCGAGCCACGCCCGCGCACACGAGAGUUUGCCAUCAAGCAAUACCAGCUGCCUGAGAGCGGUGUCUUUGCAACAUGGCAAGAUCUGCAUGCUGCCUCAGCCCGGUCGGUCGCUGAGACCGGGAAACCUCUGGCGGACGCGAUCUGCGUCUGCGUCCAAGACCAGAUGCACGUCGAGGUCGUCGAAGCGUUUGCGGGGCACGGGUAUCAUAUUCUGUGUGAGAAACCCUUGGCUACGACCGCGGAAGAGUGUAUUCGGAUCGCAGAGGUUGCGAAGAAAGCGGGCUGCAUUUUCGGGGUUGGGCAUGUGAUGCGGUAUUCACCUUACAACAAAGCGGUGAUCGAUGUCAUCCGUUCUGGCCAACUGGGUAAGCCUGUCAACAUCGUCCACGUCGAACCGGUUGGGUACUUUCACUUUGCACAUUCAUUCGUUAGAGGCAACUGGAACAACGAGAAGACUAGUUCAUUCUCGUUGUUGACCAAGAGCUGCCACGACCUCGACAUUCUCUGCCAUUACCUGAACCCAGAAACCCCGAAGCGUGUAUCAUCAUUCGGCUCGCUCACGCAUUUCAGGAAAGAAGCAAAGCCAACAGCAGCAGGUGACGCUACCAAGUGCCUAGAAUGCGCGGACGAGCAGAACUGCGCAUACAGCGCGAAGAAAAUUUAUGUGGACCCCGUUAGCAAAGGUAGCGUCGGUUGGCCUGCUGCGACUAUCACGGAUGGUGUGCCCGAUAUUGAAAGCAUCACCGAGGCCAUGAAGGGGCCAUACGGGACAUGCGUAUACGAGAGCGGAAAUAACGUGUGCGAUCACCAAGUCGUCAACCUCGAGUACAGCGACGGGUCAACCUGCAGUUUCACGAUGGUCGCGUUUACGGAAGAGAUCUGCGCGCGCCAGACCCGGAUCCACUUUACCCACGGCCAGCUAGUUGGUGACAUGAGCUCUUUCACGAUUCACGAUUUCCGCACUGGAAACGUGAGCACCGUUGCGCCCAAGCCUGAGGAUCAGAGCGGCCAUGGUGGUGGCGACUGGGGACUGAUGGGUAACUUUGUUCGUGCGGUUAAGGAGAAGAAUCAGGAGAUUUUAGGAACCACCGUGGACGAGAUUUUGAAGAGUCACUUGACGGUGUUUGCCGCAGAGAAGAGCAGGCGUGAUGGGGUGGUGAUAGAUGUGGAGCAGUAUGAGAAAGAGGUUAGAGAGGGGAUGAAGUUGUGGGACUAGGUGUAGUUAGAAUGAGGUCUCGUUCUUUCAGUGUACCAACCAUGUUGUGAUAU